AUGUUUUUUCCUUUGCUCUUCCUGAUGAUUUUCCCUUCUGUUCUCUGUGAGUACCGACGGUCUGUCUGCAAUAAUGCCUCAACUUAUAAAGAGGGAAGUGCAUAUUCCACAAACUUAAAACGAGUUAUCAAUGAUCUGUCUCGUAAUGCACCUCAAAGUUCAGGCUUUAACACCUCUUACCGUGGCCAAUCUCGCAAUAAAGUCUAUGGCCUGCUACAGUAUAUGGGUAAUAUAUCAGCUGCGAAAUGCUCAAAUUGUUCAAUGGAGGCAAAUAGCACUAUUCAAGAACUUUGCGGCAACGACAUAGGUGGGCAAGUAUGGAUGGAUAACUGCUUCUUGCGCUAUGACAACUCCAAUUUCAUUUCAACAUUAGAUACCAACUUUGCUUUCCUGGAGAACACACAGGAUGUCACACAAGGGAGUCUUACAGCUUCCAAGCGCAUAACAUUCGGUCUUCUGUCUGAUCUGAUUGAUAAAGCUUGCCUUCCAGCAAGUAUGAGAUUUUUCUCAGGAAAAAGUGAGUAUUCUUCUACAAUGGGAAAUGAAAAGGCUUCGGGCCAGGUUUACGGUCUAGUACAGUGUUGGAGAGACAUAUCGAUCAAGGAUUGUAGAAAUUGCUUGUCGCAGGCGAAGGAAGCUCUGGAGUGUUGUUGCUAUACUAAACAAGGCGCCCAGGCCAUGUCAGGAAGUUGCACGCUAAGAAAUGAGAUUUAUCCCUUUGUUGAUCCACCUGCCCCUCCAAGUAUACCGCCCUCCAUAACCAAGAGUCCUGAGGAUUUUAAUGACAAUAACAAGCUUGGAGAGGGAGGCUUUGGCCCAGUUUAUAAGGGAACGACCAGAGAUGGGAAGCAGAUAGCAGUGAAAAAGCUGUCUGCAAGGUCUGCACAGGGGAAAAGAGAAUUUAUUAAUGAAGUGGAACUCGUGGCAAAUAUUCAACAUAGAAAUCUAGUGAAUUUGCUUGGAUGUUGCACCGAAAGAACCGAAAGAUUGCUUGUCUAUGAGUAUUUGCCCAACAAAGGCCUGGACACUUUUCUUUUUGGUGAGUCAAUCAUGAAUCAUUUCUUCCUACCAGAAUAA